GUCAGUGGCAUAGAUGGUAAAUACGACGACAAGAGAAGGGCAUAGUAGUCAUAACAGCUUACACGUGACGCGGGGUUUUCUCCGCCUCCUUGAUUAUUGAAUCUAAUGGAGAACAUAAAGUAAUCUCGGAGAAGAUGUCGAACGGAGAAAGCACCGUUGGAAUCUGCAAACAUGUCCCGAAUCUUCUCUCUUCCUUCGUCGACACUUUCCUUGAUUACUCCGUCAGCGGAAUCUUCUUGCCCAGAUACCCUAAUCCCAACCCAAAUCCCGUGGAAUCUUCCGGAGAUUCGUCUCCGGAGACAUCGUACCCAGAACCGGAGCGUCUAGUUGCAAUCGGAGACGUCCAUGGAGACCUCGAGAAGUCCAGGGAAGCGUUUAGGCUCGCCGGACUGAUCGACGGAUCCGACCGGUGGAUUGGUGGGUCCACGAUGGUUGUUCAGAUUGGCGACGUUCUCGAUCGAGGAGGAGAUGAGCUGAGGAUUCUGUAUUUUCUCGAGAAAUUGAAGCGAGAGGCUGAGAAAUCGGGAGGUAAGAUUGUGACUAUGAAUGGUAAUCACGAGAUUAUGAAUGUAGAAGGUGAUUUUAGGUAUGUUACGGAGAAGGGUUUAGAGGAAUUCAAGGUUUGGUCUGACUGGUACUGUUUGGGGAACACGAUGAAGAGCUUAUGUCGAGGUUUGGACAAACCCAAAGAUCUGUUCGAUGGAAUUCCUAGGAGCUUUCGUGGUGCUAGAGAGGAAUGUUUCGAGGGAAUCAGAGCUAGGAUUGCUGCAUUUAGACCAGAAGGUCCCAUUGCAACUAGAUUCCUGUCUAAGAAUCUCACAGUUGCUGUCGUUGGCGAUUCAGUGUUUGUUCAUGGAGGGCUCUUAGCUGAGCACGUUGAAUACGGAUUAGAGAGGAUAAACGAAGAGGUGAGGGAUUGGAUUCAUGGGUUGAAGGGAAGAUAUGCACCCGGGUAUUGCAGGGGAAGGAACUCUGUUGUUUGGUUGAGGAGAUUUUCCGAAGAGAUGGCUCAUAAAUGUGAUUGUUCGGCUCUGGAACACGCACUUUCCACCAUUCCCGGUGUGAAGAGGAUGAUCAUGGGCCACACGAUUCAGGAGGUUGGAAUCAACGGCGUUUGUAACAACAAAGCGAUUAGGAUCGAUGUGGGCAUGUCUAAGGGAUGUACAAACGGAUUGCCCGAGGUUCUUGAAAUCUGCAAGGGUUCGGGAUUGCGGAUAUUGACUUCAAAUCCCUUGUACAAGGAAAAACCGGAAUCUCACUUAGCUUCCGAUGGUAAAACAGGGCUCGGGCUUGUGCUACCAGCACAACAUGUUCCUAGGCAGGUAGAGGUAAAAGCUUAAGAGCUUGGAUGGCUAACGGCAUCUUGAAAUAGAGUUGAAGUUAAACAUUAAAGAACAAGAUUGGGCUAUUGUAUCUUAAGAAUGGAUGGUGUUUCUGAUAUUUAUGGGUAUAUUUCUAGUUCUAGAAGAGUAAAAUGGAACAAGAUCUUUUGGUGGCUACUUUAUUUCUGCAGUUUCAUGUGUUAAACCCUCAUUCUUUGCUCGAUCAUUUGCAUGUUCA